AUGGACGAGUUGUCAAGGGAGGCAGAUGCGAUUCUAGAUGAUGACAGUGUCCUGGAGGAGGACAAGAUCGAGCUUUUGGAAGAGCUCGUGGUGAAACAUCAUGGAGAAAUGUCUUCUAGCGAACGGGAGAGCAUGGUGCUGGAUCUCAUGUGGAAACAUCGUGAGAAGGAGGGCUCGGUCACACGUCACCGCAAUGGUCAUGGAGAUGUGCGGAUUGUGGGUGUCGACAAGUCCAAGAGCAUCGACUGGGUCAAAAUCCCAGAGGUGCUUCCAGAAAUCGACUGGUCCAAAGUUGUGGACGACUACAAGAAGCGAGGCAAGGCCGUUCCCUUACGGGAUAAGCUGCCUGAGGACGAGGAGGAGGUCUACUGGGAAGAUUAUGUGCCUGACAGUGAAGGUCAUGUGGGGCAUGGAGAGACCGAUCUGGCACCUUUUGAUCUUCUUAGAGCCGUGCUUGGAGGCAAUUACUCCGAUGAACUGAUCCAGAACACACUGGAGAAGCACAACUACGACAUCAAUGUGGUUAUUGUGGUGCUACAAAAGUACGACGACCGUUCAGGUUCUGAGCAUGUGGAGGAAGAGGAGCAGGCCGCUCAGGUUUACGAGAUGGAACAUCAUCAGGAAGUACACGAUUACAGCGGCUACAACAACUACGAGGACCCCAGCAUGUACGAGGAAGAGUACGAUGAGGACGAGAAAGAGGUCUAUGCGGCACUGGCUCUGUUGCCAGGAAGAGAGGAGAAGGUUCUCUGUAAGUACUUUGUGCAGUUUGGAGAGUGUUUGCGGGCAGAUUGCAGAUAUUCCCAUGAUCUGACAUCACGUGUGUGUCGAUUUUGGGUCCGUGGCGCGUGCUUGAAUGGCGAGACUUGUGCCUUCCUGCAUUCCUUUCCAGAGACCGAGUCUACUCCAGAGCCCACAAAGCCUCUGGAGAACUUCUCCAAGCCCAUGCUUGACUCCUUGGAAGAUUUCCCCACUCUGGGAGGAGCAAGUGGAACAGCUAGUGACACAAAGUCCAAAAAAAGGGAGAAGCCAGGUAGCAAAUGGGCAGCUGUGGCCAGUUCUAAUGACACACAAACUGUUGCUGAGAAGCCCAAGAAGAGGUUUGAUUUCAGCAAGGUGAAGCCUACUGAAUCUUUUGUGCCUGGUACUGCUGGUGUCCCUUCUUUUGUGCCUAAGGCAUUCACUCCUACAGCACCUAGUUUCACUCCUACCGCACCUAGUUUCACACCUGCCAAAAUUUCGCCUGCCAAAGGACCGGCAGCUCGCAUGGCUGUGCAAAAACACAACCCUCUGACUCUUCUUCGACCAGAAUUCACUCCCUGGGUCGAGAACCCUCACCAGCUGGACGAACCUAUUCAGGAGUACCUGCAGCUUCGAAAGGAGAGCAGAAAGCAUAUUGAGAUGCGAAACAAGUAUCUCAACCUUUCUGCCGAUAACUGGCAUAUGAACCGACCUGAUGCUGCCAAGAUAUACUCUAACAAGGGUCAGAAGCACCAGCAGGAACUCAUUGCAGCCAGUAGAAAGGCCUCUGACAUUCUCUACAAUUACCGAGAUGACCUUGGAGAGAUCUUCUGUGACCUUCAUGGGCUUGAGCUUGAUACCAGUGUCAUGCAUCUGGAGAACAUUCUUCUGGGAGUCGAGGAGCAGUACAGAAAGAAUAAAAAGCUGGUGUAUGCGAUCUCUGGUGUGGGUUACCAUGUUGUUUCCAAAACAGACAUGUUGACCAAGGAGGUGAAGGCCUGGCUGGACGAGUGGGGCUAUGAAUACAAGGUUUUUUUCAUUGGCAACGAGAAAUUCGGAACCGUCAUUGCCAUCGAUCCUUGGUCCCAUAUCUAA